GUAAAAAGAAACGACCCCAUUAUCGACGACAUUGACGCCCAAGACAAGUCUUCCAUUUAAAUCACAAUAUAAACAGACACAAAUCAACCAAUAUGCCAACCAACACAAAUUAAAACACAUACACUUUCCCCUUUACCCCAAAAAAAUACAGUUCCAAUGGAUCACAAUAUGUUCUUUCCAAUCUUAUACGCUCCUCUUCUACUAGCUUUAUACAUUAUCACCAAGCAUUUCAUACGCAAAUUCAAAAAUCAUCCACCAGCUCCAUUUCUUGUUCUUCCUUUUAUUGGCCAUCUUUAUCUCUUCAAGAAACCUCUUCAACGUACCUUAGCCAAAAUCUCCAAUCAACAUGGCCCUGUUCUUCUCCUUCAAUUCGGUUCUCGUAAAGUCCUUUUGGUUUCUUCACCUUCUGCAUCAGAAGAGUGUUUUACCAAGAACGAUAUUAUUUUCGCGAAUCGUCCUCAUUUAAUGGCAGGGAAACAUUUAGGAUAUAAUUUUACUUCGUUGGCUUGGAGUUCUUAUGGAGAUCAUUGGAGAAAUCUAAGAAGGAUCACUUCAGUUGAGAUGUUUUCCACUCAUCGUCUUCAAAUGCUUCAUGGAAUUCGUGUUGAUGAAGUGAAGUCUAUGGUAAAGAGGCUUAAUUCUUCUGCCAUGGCUGAGAAAUCUGUGGAUAUGAAGACUAUGUUCUUUGAGUUGAUGCUUAAUGUCAUGAUGAGGACAAUUGCUGGAAAAAGGUAUUACGGAGAAAAUGUGGAAGACAUCGAAGAAGCUACGAGAUUCAGGGAAAUGGUGCAGGAGACUUUCAGGAUUGGUGGCGCGACGAAUGUCGGUGAUUUUCUGCCAGCGUUGAAGUUGUUGGUGAGGAAAUUGGAGAAGAGUUUAGUUGUGUUGCAACAGAACAGAGAUGAGUUUAUGCAGGAUAUGAUAAAAAAUUGCAGAAAGAGAAUGGAGAAAGAAGGUACUGUUACUGAUUCAGAGAUUGAAGGGAAUAAGAAAUCAUUGAUUGAAGUAUUGUUAACACUGCAAGAAAAGGAACCUGAAUAUUACAAAGAUGAAAUCAUCAGAAGCCUUAUGCUUGUUCUAUUAGCAGCAGGGACUGAUACUUCAGUUGGGACAAUGGAAUGGGCUUUAUCUCUAAUGUUAAACCACCCUGAAACUCUGAAGAAGGCACAAACUGAAAUCGACGAACGCAUAGGACAUGAACGUUUAGUUGACGAGUCAGACAUCAACAACCUACCUUACUUACGUUGUAUAAUAAACGAGACGUUCAGAAUGUACCCUCCAGGACCUCUGUUAGUCCCUCACGAGUCGUCUGAGGAGACUACCGUGGGAGGCUACCGUGUACCUGGAGGCACAAUGUUGCUUGUGAAUUUGUGGGCUAUUCACAAUGAUCCUAAGCUUUGGGAUGAACCAAGAAAGUUUAAACCAGAAAGAUUUGAAGGACUAGAAGGUGUUAGAGAUGGGUACAAAUUGAUGCCUUUUGGUUCUGGAAGAAGGAGUUGUCCUGGUGAAGGAUUGGCUGUUAGAAUGGUUGCUUUGUCAUUGGGAUGUAUUAUUCAAUGCUUUGAUUGGCAAAGAAUUGGCAAUGAAUUGGUUGAUAUGACUGAAGGAACUGGACUCACCUUGCCUAAAGCUCAACCCUUAGUGGCCAAGUGUAAGCCACGACCCGUAAUGGCUAAUCUUCUCUCUCAGAUUUGAACACAAUUGGUCUUGAACCACAUGUUCAAACUAGAGUAUUAUUCAUAUUGGUCACUCUAUAUUAAUGUACCAGUUUUGAAAUAUCUUAUGCCUCAAUGUAAUCUUUGCUUAGUAAAUUGAAACUGGCA